AUGCUACUCGAGUUGUCUGACGACGAGACGUUCGACCAACACGACGAGGGAGAGUUCCACGUCGUUGACACGAUUGAAGUCGUCGACCAAGUACCCGACUCGACUUUUCAAACGGAAGUAACCGAGAUCGUCGGCCGAUUCACCCAGGCCAGGGUAAUCGAAUCAUCGUCCCAGAUGCGCACAGUCUCACGACCUUGGCACAAGUAUGAUGGCGGGCCCCCGGCUGAUGAUAGCUCCCAAACUCACUGUGACGUCUGCCUCAAGCAAUUCAAGUCUCCAUCAGCACUAUUCACCCAUAAUUGCAAGGGAUUCAGCGAGAAGCGGGAUCUCGUCUCGUACUUGGUCAAGCGACUUGCUUCUCUUACAUCCCUGCAAGCAAUCCGAGUUGUGGACUCAAAAUCGGCAGAGUUCGCAGUUGAUUUUGAGUCGGCAUUGCCGCCGUGGAAGUACGAAGCCGGGUGGGCGAGGCGGCCGGCAAGGGGGCAUACAUAUGGUGCACGGUACAUUCGAAAGUACAAGGACGAGAUUUCGAUAAUGGUGUUGGAGGGCAACGAGAACAAAGCAAAGCAGAUGAACCCAACACAGAUUCUUGCGACUCUAAAAGAUCGACACGAGGGUGAGUUCGCUUUUCCCAGUGUCGCCGAGGUAAGCAAAAGCGGAUCGACCAACGCGCCCGUGGCAAGAAAAGUGGGGGGGGUUACGAGGCCGCAAUACAUGCGUACGUGGCUCACCAUGGUCGCGCCUCGAACUUAA